AUGGUUAGAUUAUCAAAGGGGUCUUUGGCUCCAAGAAUUAGAAUUGGAGGCAUCAGUGCCACUAGAUUGUCAUUCUUGCGUUACUCCUCAAAUAUCAGUGACAAGGAAUCGUCAACGCAGGCAAAUCAUGCUAUUUCAAACAAGCAAUUACUAUAUACUACUGAUUCAUUAACACCUGGAUCUAUAUUCUUUUUGCCACAUGGAACACGUAUAUUUAAUAAGUUAGUUCAUUUUAUGAAGAAUCAACAAUUGAAGUAUGGAUUUCAAGAAGUUAUCACCCCAUUGAUUUACAAAACUAAAUUGUGGGAAAUGUCAGGACAUUGGGAGAACUAUAAGGAAGAUAUGUUCAAGGUUGUUGGUAACGAUUUAUCAAAGGAAGAAGAUAUAAGUCAUGAACACAAUCAUGAUGAUAGCGAGGGUUUACAUGACUAUGGAUUAAAACCAAUGAACUGUCCUGGGCAUUGCUUAAUAUUUUCAAAGUUUGAAAGAUCGUAUAAUGAGUUACCGAUUAGAUAUUCGGACUUUUCGUCUUUGCAUAGAAAUGAAGCUAGCGGUGCACUUUCAGGAUUGACAAGAGUACGUCGUUUUCAUCAAGAUGAUGGCCAUAUUUUUUGCGAACUAUAUCAAAUCCAAGAUGAAAUCACUAAUACCAUCAACUUAAUAAAAGAUACUUAUAAAGUGUUUGGUAUAGAUAGUGUUAAAGAUGUUGAAUUCUUUCUCUCGACAAGACCAACGGAUAAGUUUAUGGGUGACAUUACCACAUGGAAUGAUGCAGAGUCUCAACUUACAAAUGUUUUGGACAAUACAGCUGGUCGAGGAAAUUGGUCAAUCAGAGAAGGCGAUGGUGCGUUCUAUGGCCCUAAGAUUGAUAUAUUAUUGAAAGAUGCAUUUGAUAAGAAACACCAGGUUGGUACAAUACAACUAGACUUUCAGUUGCCAUCGAGAUUUAAAUUGAAUUAUAUUUCUAAGGAUGGUAAUCGUGAUAAUCAACCUAUAAUGAUCCAUAGAGCCGUAUUUGGAUCAUUGGAAAGAUUCUUUGCCAUAUUGUUAGAUCAUUAUCAAGGCAAAUGGCCAUUCUGGAUAAACCCAAGACAGGCUGUGAUCAUUCCUGUUAAUGAUACUCACCAUGACGCAGCUGUGGCUUUACAGAAGAAAUUAGUCGGCGACAUAAUGGAUGAUACGGUCGAAGUAUCUCCAAUGACUGGUUAUAACUUUUAUGUUGACGUAGAUAGCAGAAGUGAAACUGUUGGGAAUAGAAUUAAAGAUGCAACACAAAAAGGGUAUUCAUACAUAUUAAUGCUUGGAGAUAAGGAUUUACAAAAUGGCACCGUUGCAAUUAGAUCAAGGGAUGAUAGAAAGAUCAGCAAUUUGACGCCAGAAGAGAUUUAUCAAAAGUUUAUCGACUUAGAAAAACGUUAUCUCUAG